AUGAAGAACGUCUUCAUAUUACUCCUCUGCUGUCAUGUUGCAUCUUCAGUAAAACAUUCCUUGAAGUUCUUCUCCACUGAAAGCCCUGGAGCCCAGAGCAUCCCAGAGUUUGUGGUUGUUGCAUUUGUUGAUGAAGUUCAGAUAGGUGACUGUAAUAACAUAAGAGGGGUGGAGGUUACAAAAGACUGGGUUAAAUUCUUUGAGGAUCAUCCUCAGCAGGUGGAACGGUAUAAUUCAGAAUGUCUGGGUACUCAACACUUCUUCAAGGCUAACAUUGACAGCUUGAGACAACGUUUCAACCAAAGUGAAGGUGUUUAUAUAAUGCAGAGGAUGAGUGGCUGUGAAUGGGAUGAUGAGACUGGACAGAUUAAUGGGUUCAAUCAGUAUGGUUAUGAUGGAGAAGACUUUUUAGCAUUGGACCUGCAGACACUGACAUGGAUCGCUCCAAAAUCACAGGCUGUCAUCACCAAACUGAGAUGGGAUACUGAAAAAGCUCGAUUAGAAAUCAAUCAAAAUCUUUUAAGUCACGAAUGCCCCGAGUUCUUAAAGAAAUAUGUGCACUAUGGAAGUAGCUUUUUGCAGUCAGCAGUUCUUCCUUCAGUGUCUCUCCUCCAGAAGACUCCCUCCUCUCCAGUCAGCUGCCACGCUACAGGUUUCUAUCCCCACGAAGCCACGAUGUUCUGGAGGAAAGAUGGAGAGGAUAUUUAUGAAGGCUUGGACAUAGGAGAGAUCCUCCCUAACAAUGAUGGGUCCUUCCAGAUGAGUGUUGAGCUGAAACCUUCAGUCACUCCUGAAGAAUGGGAGAGGUACGACUGCGUGUUUCAGCUCUAUGGUGUGAACAAAGACAUUGUCAUCAAACUGGACCAAGCUGUGAUCAGGACCAACUGGGGUGAGACUUUAUCCUUUACUAUUCCUAUCGUUACAACGCUGUUACAGAAGACUCCCUCCUCUCCAGUCAGCUGCCACACGACAGGUUUCUAUCCUAACAGACCCUUGAUGUUCUGGAGGAAAGAUGGAGAGGAGCUCCAUGGAGGUGUGAAUCCUGGAGAGAUCCUCCCAAACAAUGAUGAGACCUUUCAGAUGAGUGUUGAUCUGAAUGUUUCAUCAGUCAAAACUGAAGACUGGGGAAGCCAGCUGCAGCAGAUUACGCUCGUCAAGGGAGCUGUAUUUAAGACUGUGGCUGAGCUAGGGUCGAUGCUGGAUCGAGGAUUUGUGGGAAUGAGGAAGCAGCAGGUGGCUGGUUCACAGGUAACGGAGCACAGGCACGAAGAGGAAACAUGGAACGGGAGUCGGGAACAUACAGGGAUUUAUUGGCUGUCGAUCUUUGCUGCACUGUAA